GCCAAUAUUUAGUUGCGUUCAUGAAACCACGCCAUCAUCUUUAUUCCCUUCUUCGAUUCUGUUGGGCUCCAUUGCGUGCGUGUCAGCGAGAUCGUUUAUCACAGGAUUUUUGGUUCCAUACAACAGAAGAUAUCACAUAUACAAACAUGCAGCUGCAAAUUCGUGGACAGCAAACAACCGUCAUUGAAUGUGAAGACAAUGAGAAAGUACAACAUAUAAAGGAAAAGAUUGUGUGUCUGCAAGGUAUUGAAGAUGAGUUUCAUCUUCAUUGUAAUGGGAGUUUAUUAACAGAUGAAAUUUGUGUUAAUGAACUUCCUUCAGAUGUACUUGAAUUGACUGUACCUUUAAAGGGAGGAAAGGUUCAUGGUUCUUUGGCACGGGCUGGCAAAGUAAAAGCUCAGACACCUAAAGUUGAAAAACAAGAGAAGAGUAAAAAGAAAACUGGCCGUGCCAAACGACGCAUCCAAUAUAACCGUAGAUUUGUCAACGUCGUUCAAACCUUUGGCCGCCGUCGUGGACCUAAUGCCAACACAAAUUCAUAAAAAAAAAAGUGUUAUUAUAUUAAUUGUUACAAUAAAUUCGGAUAAAAUGUCAUAAACACGUCGAAACAUA